AUGUGGGGAAACCGAAGGAUCGGAGGAGGGCUCGUGACCUAUUACAGAAUCACCGAAACCGAAUUCGAAGAGUUGAUUCAAAGAGCGAUGCAAGUCGUCAGCCGCCACACCAGUAGAUUGCGAGCGAGAACUCCAUCAUUUGCGCGGGGGUAUUUUCAUGGGAAGCAACAUGCAUGGCCUUUAACCAUUCACCCCGAGGUUAAAGAAGCAAUCAAUGCGGGGAGGCCUGUUGUUGCUUUAGAAAGCGCGAUAAUUACCCAUGGAAUGCCGCAUCCGAUCAAUCUGGACACCGCGCUUUCUUGCGAAAGAAUUAUCAGAUCUACCGGCGCCAUUCCAGCCACCAUUGGGCUACUUUCCGGCGCCUUCACAGUGAAGGUGUCGAGACGCGACUUAGCGCCCGCUGUUGCCACUCGGCGGGACGGUGGAACUACUAUCGCCGGGACGAUGGUCAUAGCUCAUUUAGCUGGCAUAAGCGUUUUCUCUACGGGGGGCCUUGGAGGGGUUCAUAGGGGCGGCGAGCUCUCGCUGGAUAUAUCUGCUGAUCUUACUGAGCUUGGGAGAACGCCCAUCGCUGUGGUGUCUGCGGGGGUGAAAUCCAUCCUCGACAUCGGCCGAACCCUUGAAUAUCUUGAAACAGAAGGCGUGACUGUCGGCACAUUCGGUCCAACCAAAGAGUUCCCGGCCUUCUUCUCUCGAAGGAGCGGGUUUCAGAAUCCCUGGAAUUUUGAUUCUGCGACCCAGGUUGCCAGAAUGCUUUAUGCGCAGCACCAGCUCAAUCUUAAUUCAGGAGCGCUUAUAGCGUGUCCAAUACCUGAAGAAUACGAGACCGCCGGGCUCAAAAUCCAACAAGCCGUAGAACAAGCCAUUCAGGAAUCAGAGGAAAACGGUGUUAGUAAGACAGGCAAGGAUGCCACUCCGUGGUUGCUUCGCCGGGUAGCUGAGCUCACUGGUGGAUCGUCCAUCCCGAACAAUAUCGCUUUGAUCGAGAAUACAUCUCGAAUAGGUGGCGAGAUUGCCGUGGAAUACGCAAAACUUGUUGCUGAACGAGCAGAACAUGCAUCAGCAAGAGUGCCUAUUCUAUCUGACGGCUACACUAUCGGUGUCGGUUCUCCGUCAAAUAUAGCGCCCAAGUCAUCUCUAUCCGCUUCAAUCGCCAACCAAGCACCAAAGGCACGACUUGUUGUAUUAGGUGCUGCAGCCGUUGAUGUUGUUGCUCGAGCGGACACUUCCACAGACUCCACUCUCAUUGCCCAGUCAACCGUCCCAGGACAAGUGUCAAUUACCCUUGGCGGUGUAGCGCGAAACAUGGCCGAGGCAGCCCACCGAAGUCUCUCAUCGCUAGACCCUCGAGGGUCUUCUAAAUCCUCUUCCUCGUAUGUACAGCUGGUUUCCCCAAUUGGAACGGACGAACUCGGCGCUGUCGUGUCUACCGAGAUCACUCAAAUCGGGAUGCGAAGCGACGGUCUUCUUUCUGGGUUGUCUGGCGGCAAUCGACGUACACCGGUGUGCAAUAUGGUCUUGACGCCAGCCGGGGAGCUUCUCGGUGGUGUGUCAGACUUCUCAGCUCUAGAUACGUUCGGAUUCAGUGAGGUGCUUCAAGCCUCCGAUCCAAACAUUGUGGCGUUGGACGGUAAUUUAAGUUCGGACAUCAUAUCUGACCUGGUGCAAUUUGCUUCGGAACGUAAUAUCCCAAUCUGGUUUGAACCCACUUCGAUCGUCAAGUCAACUCGGAUCCUUCCAGCACUUUGUACGCAAUACUUAGCAAAUCCUGCCGUAUCAUCCCUCCAACCAGUCACGUUUAUCUCUCCCAACAUUUUGGAACUUGAACAUCUCUUCCGAUGUAUUCGGGACCCUCCCCUAGAGCAAGCCUCCGAUGCUAGUCCUUCGUCGUUUUCUCGUUGGUUCGAAACCAUUGAUCAUUUCCAACUGGGGCCUAACUUCAGCGAAGAGAUUGUACGAUUGGCUAGAAGUGGGCCUAGUUUGGAAUUCUUGGCCCAGAAAGGAGUGGUACAAAUGACGAUCCAGUUGCUACCUUUCUUCCAACAUAUUAUCGUCAAAUGUGGAUCCCAAGGCGUCUUUGUUGCUAUGCAUUUACACCCACAAGAAGCAAUUCAAAGUGCCUGGCUCUCCACCAGCACUGAUCUGAACAAACAUCUAGUCGUAAAUAGAACGGGCAAAGGAGACGUUCUAAUUUUCCAACAUUUCCCUGCUCAUAGCUUGCCGAAUACGUCGGUGGUAAACGUCACCGGGGCUGGUGAUUCUCUCGUCGGAUCGCUUCUUGCAUCCUUGAUCGAACGGGAAGAUAGGAAUGUGUUCCAUAAUCCGGAAGCCAUGCGUGAGGCUAUGCAGCGGGCUCAAAGGGCUGCUGUGUUCACGCUUUGUUCCCCGUUCGCCGUCUCGCCCGAACUGUCGACACUUACUUACACUAGCACUAAUAGGGAGAAUCACUAA